CCACGCCCCCCGGUCGGCUUCAUUCAAAUCGAUGGGAUUUGCACCUGGAGGACAGAACUGCCCUGUCACUGGUCACGCUCCACACAAGCAUCAGUGAUCCGCGGAGCUCUGAUAAUACUGAGCUGUUCGAGCAGCGCUUCUGUGACUGAUAUCGAUCUGUCUGUGAUUGAUCAGAACAUCGCAGGUGAUGGGGAUUCGCCUCGGCUUCAUCUGCUCGGUUCUUCUGCUUCACUGCAUCCACGGAACCCGUGCGGCCGUCUGCAGUCAGGAGCAGUUCAGCUGUGCUAACGGGAAGUGCAUCACCAGCCGCUGGGUCUGUGAUGAGACGGACGACUGCGGCGACGGAAGCGAUGAGCUGCUAGAGUCCUGCAGUAACAAGAAGUGUUUGUCGAGUCAGUUCAGCUGCGGCGGGCGUCUCAAUCAGUGUGUGUCCACCAGGUGGCGCUGCGACGGGAAGUCUGACUGUGAGAACGGCGCAGACGAGCAGGGCUGCGUCCUGAAGAACUGCACAGAAGAGGAGUUCCGCUGCCGCAGCGGUCAGUGCGUGUCGCUGUCCUUCGUGUGUGACUCUGACUCUGACUGUGAUGACGGCAGUGACGAGGCGUCCUGUCCUGUGCCCACCUGUGGCCCCGGAUCCUUCCAGUGCAAUAACUCUGUGUGUGUGCCGCGGCUCUGGGCCUGUGACGGCGACGCUGACUGCUCAGACGGCUCUGACGAGUGGACACAGAACUGCCCAGGCGGCACGGGUCAGAAGCCUCGGACGGUCUGUCGCGAUCACGAGCUCCUGUGCACCAGCGGGGAGUGUGUCCACGGCAGCUGGAGGUGUGACGGAGGCAAUGACUGCACAGACGGCUCAGACGAACACAACUGCACCGUGUCCACCUGUCGUCCAGAUGAGUUCCUGUGUAACGACGGCAGCUGUGUCCCGGGAAUACACCAGUGUGAUGGGAAACCUGACUGCCGGGAUCACAGCGAUGAGACGGGCUGCACCACCGGGAGGGUCACACGUGAGAAUGAGAUCAAGCUGCUGUCUGACCGUAACUGUCCGUCUGUAACUGUCUCUCUCUCUGCAGUGCAUGCGUGUGCCGGGUUUCAGUGUCACAGUGGAGAGUGCAUCAGUGCAGGCCAUGUGUGUGACGGUCAGAGAGACUGCCCCGACGGCUCAGAUGAGCCUCUCACAGACUGCAACACUAACGAGUGCGACACUAACAACGGCGGCUGUUCCCACACGUGCAGCGACCUGAAGAUGGGAUACGAGUGUGUGUGUCCGCACGGAUUCCACCUGAUCAACCGCACACACUGUGAAGACGUGGACGAGUGUGCAGACGCAGACAGAUGCACUCAGAUCUGCAUAAACCUGCGGGGCAGCUUCAGGUGUGACUGUGAAGAUGGGUUUGAGCUGGAUCACAUGACCAAAGACUGCAAAGCAGUAACAGGGUCCGGUGCGUUCCUGUUCUUCAGCACACAGCACGAGGUCAGGAAGAUGGAGCUGGGCAGCCGGACGUACACGGCUCUGAUCCGUCAGCAGAAGAGCGUGCAGGCGCUGGACGUGGAUGUCCACAACAACACCAUCUUCUGGUCUGACAUGAGCCUGAAGAAGAUCUACAGCGCCGCGUCCGCUGACUCCGCCCACCCCAGCACUGUGAUUGACAGCCGGAUCUCCCGCCCUGAGGGGCUGGCGGUGGACUGGAUCCACGGGAACAUCUACUGGACAGACGGGGAUCUCCGAACCAUCUCUGUGGCGACGGCUGACGGCAGCAAACGCAAGACGCUGGUCAGCGAGGGCCUGAAAAAUCCACACGCGAUCGUCGUCGACCCGCAGAGCAACUUCAUGUUCUGGACGGACUGUGGCGAGCCGGCGCGGAUCGAGAAGAGCGGGCUGAACGGAGUGGACCGGACGGCUCUCGUCACAGAAGGCAUCGUCUGGCCCAAUGGCAUCACGCUUGAUGUGUUGAGCGGCCGGCUGUACUGGGUCGACUCGAAGCUGCACACACUGUCCAGUAUCGGCGUGAAUGGAGACGGGCGGCACACACUGAUCCAAGGGGAGCAGAAGCUGUGGCAUCCGCUGGCGCUGGCCGUGUUCGAGGAGAAAGUCUUCUGGACCAACAAACACAGUAACAGCAUCUGGAGCGCCAACCGUGUGACGGGACAAGACAUCGCAGCUGUGGCCGAGCACCUGCAGGGUCCGGGAAACAUGGUGCUUUAUCACAGUCUCAGACAGCCUUCUGGAAGGGACUGGUGCAGAGAAGGCAGCGGCUGUGAGUUUCUGUGUCUGCCGGCGCCGCAGAUUAACACACGCUCGCCCAAAUACACCUGUGCCUGUCCUGAUCACAUGACCCUGGGCGCAGACAUGAGGACGUGUGUGUCUGGUGUGAGCAGCACAGCUCCGAGCAGAACCGCACACAGACGCUCCGGAUCGAUGCCUGACCAGACGGGCUCUCAGAGCGAAAUUAAUGGAGAACAUGAGCCGGUUUCCAGCCCUUCCCAGCAUCCCACAGUCCUGUACAUCACACUUCCAAUCGUCGCCGUGUGUCUGCUGGGGGUCAGCAGUGUGUUGCUAUGGAGACACUGGCGGCAGAAGAACACCAACACCAUCCACUUCACCAACCCAGUGUACCAGAAGACCACCGAUGACACGGUGCACAUCUUCAGGAGCCCCAGUCUGGACGGAUACUCACAUCCAUCGUGUCAGAUGAUCAGUGUGGAUGAAGACGCAGCCUGAUGCUCCUCCAGAAGUUCCUCCAGAAGCUCAAGGUCACUUUAAAUGCUGCUCAGCGAGCUGAAGGAGACACUCAUCCACAUGUGCGAAGCGAUCCCAGGAUCCACCCUGGAUUUAAUCAUGCCUGUAUCAUAUAAGGAAUGUAGAAACACACACACACACACACACACACACUCCUGUCUAACGGACAUCAUCACAGUGAAGAGCAGAUCUCAAACAGAGACUCUUCUGGAGUCUGUGUCUUUGCUACAAACACAACGCUGUUUUCAUUUGUGAUUCUUGAGCUUUUAAGAUCCUCUUAUUGAAGGUAUUACCACUUUGUAAUAUUUAAUAUGAUCUUUGUAAAUGUUUGUGAUUAUGUGGAGGGCAGACGGGUGUCUCUCUUCUUGCACUAAGUUUGUUGUCUGUCACAGAUUUUAUUUAUAUUUCUCCUUCACAGACACACUUGAACAGUCUGUUUGACUUUGUUUUGAUGAAGUGCUUGUAUUUAUGAAUGCACAGCGCUCCUUUAGUAAUAAUGAGAAUGACAGUGCAUUAGUUCUGUUUCAUUCUGUAGACUGCAUCUGGGCCUUAAAUCUGAUCGUGCCUGUGUAAUGUUUGAAUGUGUGAAUAAUCCACGAUGCCUUCAACACGUGAGCGUGAAUCAGUGCUCAGGGUGACCUCUGACCUCACCUGUCCGUUAGAGUCACGUGUUUAUGUUCUGUUGUUGUUGUGCAUGCUCUAGUGCAGCGUGUUAUCUGAAGGAUCGGAGAGUGCUCACUGUUAUCAGACGAAUGAAGAAUCACUAAUCUGCAGUCUGUCUCUCCUUCAUCACACCGUCUAAACCCAAGACUUUGUACGAAGAACACUCUUUAUUUAUUGUGUAAAUGUACAAUUUUGAGUUUCUUGCUUUUCUUUUGAAUGUGUUGUAUAUCAGAUGCUAUAUAGAAAUGUCAUCCAGAAACCGAUGUGCACUACAGAGGAAGUGAACCUGCGUCAUUCAGGGACUUUUAUAGGUUUAUGAAGGACGAAACGCUAAUGUGGAGUAAAAGUGAAGUCUUGAAUGGAUUCUCAUUCUGUUACUGUUGAUGCGCCAUUUGAGUUCAGUUUUACUGUUGUGAAGAAGGGAGUUUUAAUUCUUUAUCUCAGGACUGGUGGUCCAGUGAUCUGAAUAUAAUGACACCCAAAGAAACAACUCAGCUGUUUUUGACAUUGUUUUUAAAUAAAUGCACAUUUUGAAACCAGAAA